CGAGGCAAGAGCCGUUUCGUUGUGCCACGUCAUCUUCUCCUCUCUUCUUGCACACUCCUCGCGAAGCAAUAGCACACGACCAGUACCAAACUGUUUCUCCAUUCAAUUCCAUUUCUCUUCUUCUGAAAUCUAGGGCGCAAAAUCUACGCUCAAAAUAUCUAUCUACCAUUAUCCAAUCUCUGCAAUCAUGAAUAUCUUCAGAUUCGCCGGCGAUAUGACUCACUUGAUUAGUGUAUUGGUUCUCCUCCUCAAAAUCUACGCCACCAAGUCGUGCUCUGGGAUCUCACUUAAAACUCAAGAGCUGUACGCACUGGUGUUUUUGAGUCGGUACUUGGAUCUAUUCACGAACUAUAUCUCCCUGUACAACACUUUGAUGAAGUUGGUCUUCAUUGGAAGCUCUCUGGCAAUUGUAUGGUGCAUGAGGAUGCAUCAUGCUGUUAAGCGUUCUUAUGAUAAAGAGGUUGACACUUUCCGGCAUUACUAUCUCGUCUUGGCAUGCUUUGUGUUGGCAACUCUUGUGAAUGAGCAGUUCACACUUCGAGAGGUGUGCUGGGCAUUUUCAAUAUACUUGGAGGCAGUGGCGAUUCUUCCGCAAUUAGUUUUGCUUCAAAGAAGUGGAAAUGUGGACAAUUUGACAGGGCAAUAUGUUUUCUUUCUUGGGGCCUAUCGUGCUUUCUACAUCCUUAACUGGAUAUACCGCUACUUCACGGAACAGUAUUUUACUCGAUGGAUAGCUUGCAUCGCUGGUAUUGUCCAGACAGCGCUAUAUGCAGAUUUUUUCUAUUACUACUUUAUCAGCUGGAAAAACAAUGCAAAGCUCCAGUUACCAGCUUGAGCGCUGCAGCAUCAUCUUGAAAAUCCUCAUGAUUAUUGAGCUGAAUCCGUUCUCAAGUGUAUACACAUGGUUUUUUUAGACUUGUCUACCAGUUGAUCUGUUUAUAUAUGUUGUAGGAUUGGCAUGGCAUUCCCAUCUACACAUCCUUGAGGAGAGGCCUGUGGGCAAAUUAAGCAUCCGUGUCCAGGACCCCAAGUCAGGUUAUAGUUUUGAACUUGGGUCAAUCCUUCCAUCACUAUAGCUUGUAAAGAUGGCGUUGGUUGAACAGAAAUGCUGAUUUUACUGACGUAGGCUUGACGUUUAGACAAUUAACCAAGUUGAUUGUGAUAACUGUUUGUAAAUGUGGAAGGUUGCAAGUUUUAGUUCUCA